AUGUUUCAUUUCAUCACUCUGGUAUAUCUUGGAGCUAAUAUUGCUGGAGGAAAGGAAGAGGAAGUAGAAACGUCUGGAGUUCCGUCCACAAACUCGGGUAAAUCAGCAGCACUGUACCGGAGUUCUGCUGUCAAUGAAUUACAGCACCAACUAGAGAGUAUACAGGACGAAAACAUGCAGUUGCUACAACAACUGGUGGAUGUUAACAGAAUUUAUGGUGAUGUUCUGCGCAAGACCAUCGAGGAAAAGAAAACUCACUUAGAAAAUAUGCAAGCGCUGACCUCAAUAAACAGUGUAUCGUCUGUCACUGCCAACAGUAUCAGAGGCAGAGUUCCGUCCAUUCAUGAGCCACCUGAUGAGGCCUUGGUCAUAUGGCUACGUGACAGGAAGUUUGACGAGGACAUCAUUGAUACGAUAACACGGGAGCAGUUUGUGUUGAAUGAUCUCCUGGAGAUAGUGCGCUAUGAAGACUUACAAAGACUAGGACUCAGGGGUGGUGUUUUGUGCCGAUUGUGGCGGGUGAUACAAAGUCACAGGAAAGACCAUGGCCUGGAAAAAAGGUCAUCAGACAGGUAACAGGUCAAAGGUCACCAGACCAGGAGGUCACCGAUGAAGACACAAAUCCUGCCCAACAGACAGGUGUUGUUUCGUCAGUCCUUUCACUCAAGUGUGUCUCCCACAAUUCCAUUGUACAGGAUGUGACAUACAAUGGUCAGACAUUGUAACUCAAAGGAGGAUAUGUGAUAGCAGGCUUCUGGUCAUGUUGAGACAUCUCACAGAGAGAUAUGUGUCACAUGACAGUCACAUGACCCAUUAUCUGCCUUGUCACAGUUUACUGCCCAUGGGAUUGUGUUAUACGACUGUGUUUACAGAUAUAUAUGGAAGUUUAGAGCAUUUCAUAUUCCACCUUGUAUCCCUAUUGUUGUUUGAAACUUUUCAUUCACUACUUUCACAUUAUUCCCAAGAUGUUUGUUGUCUGUGAUGUUACUGUGAUGUUUAAGUGAUUGAGAAAGCAUUUUGAUUCUGUGAUCGGGAUGAUGUGAAUAAAUGGAUCUUGUUGAACGUGAGUGACAUAUCAUAAGAAAACAGUGUUCAGUAUAUCAAUGAUGAAGGAGAUGAUGAUAUCAAAUGCGAUAAUCAGUAUUAUCAGACUGUCAGUUAGUAUUGAAUGCACUUGUCUUAGCUUUACACAUUCAGGGUUCAAAGGAACAUAUAGUUUUACUGACAUUGGAGGGGCAUUUCAGAGUUUGUUUUACAAAGUUUUUAAUCAUCAAUCCCAUAAUUUACACACAGAAAAUUAAACCGUUUAGUGAUUUUUUUUAGAACUGAUAUGGGGUGUUUUAGAUUGCUUCAGUUUAUGUUGAUCAUAUCUAUCGGUUUUAAAGCUUUUUUAUCCUCGCUUUUAUAUCUGACUGUUAUGAUGUGAAGUUUUUAUUGAUAUUUUAUGAAUGGUUAUAUAAUUUUGUGAGAUUUUUAUUAGGGUUUUUGCUCUGUUUUUGUGUCAGUUGCAUAGCUUGAUUGACACACAUCUAUAUUUCUGUCUGUGUUGUAACACUGAUCAGGCCGACUGUCCGGAAUUAAAUAUGAACAAUAAUUCGUCUGAU